GACGUCGUUUCUGCUGAGGAAGUGAAUCGAGUAUCAAUAAGAAAAUAUCAUUUCCAUCUCUCACAGAAAGAACUGCGAUUUGUUCAGGCAAAAAGAAUGGCUUUUUCUGCAUCCCUUCUACAAUUCAGUUGCGUUUCUCUUCUCCACAGUAAUCUGAAUAAUCCCUCUUCGUUACCUUUCUCUGGGUUCCCCAAAUCCCUCUUUGGUUGUGGUGUCUCCCUCAAACUCAAAGGGAGUUCAGUGUGUGGUAGAAGAAGAUUGAGAGGUGAGAGUGUCAGUGUUCGUGUGAAUGCUUCAUUGGUGGAGGCUCCAGUUUUGUGGGCUGGAAGAAUAUGCAUCUUCUAUGCCCUUCUUAAAGCUGGCUUGGCUGGAUCUCAAGCCAAUCCACUGGUCUCAGAUUUGGAAAUUGGGGAGAGUAAUGAUGAAUCUGAAGUUCCUUCUGGUGCUGCUGACUUGGGUUUCUCUAAAUGGGCCCACACCAUACUAGGAAAACCAGCAAAGGAAGCUGCUAAUGGAAGGAAAUUGGUUAGCAAAUGGCAUCCUACCACAAAGGGUACACUUAGAAGGAAUUAUAGAGUUCCAUCCAAGUCCGAAGGACGACGAGUUCUUAAAGCUAUUGCAUCUCUAUUAUCAGACGAUGACCACUUUGUUGAUGCUACUUCUCACAAGGGUUGCCAAAUCCGAAGGGAAAGUGCACAUGGAGAAAGUGUGUGUUGCAACAAUGUGAGAGCUCUUUUUGAUGAGCUUCCAACUCCACAUAUCAUUGUGGAAAUCACUCCUUUUCCUGCUGGACCCCUUACUGACAAGGAUUACAUUAAAGCUGAGAAACUUGAGAAGACUCUGAGAUCUAGUCCUUCUGUGUAAUGUGUCUAAGGUGUUCAUGUUUUCAUGUACAUAUAUUUGCUAGCUUGUAAAUACAGACAUGAUAAACAAAAAUUUCUAUGCUUUUGAACUCUUCAACAUUUUAUUUUGAAGUGAAUGAUGGUAACAAAUCAGAGCAUGAGUAUUUAUUUUCACAAGGCACCAGUUACUUCAGUGUCUUCAGUUAUCCUUCAA